GAAAAUAUUUCGAUCAAGAAAUAUUGCAAUUUUAAUUUUUUCACAGAAGAAACUAUUUUAGAAUUUAAUAGAACAAAACUUAUCCAAAUAUAAGUUUCUAACCAAAAUGACUAACUACUGGCGAGAAGUUGGUAUGAAUUAUAUACAAUAUUCGAAUAUUUGUGCUAAAGUUGUGCGUCAAGCCCUACGAGCUGAUUUGCGAGCAGAUGCUUUCAAACGUGAUAUUAGUCAUGUCAAAUUUACCCAAUGGAAAGAUGGUAAACCAGUAGCCAAACAAGAAGAAGAUGGUGGUGUAAAGAAAUAAUUUUAUGAAAAAAUAAAAUGUAAACAAAAAACCUAUUAAUAAACUUUUCAAAUAAAAUUUUAAAAUUAUUACUAAAUUCCUUUCUAAUGAAUUAUCUGUUUAAGAGGCACUGGAGUGAAUCGAGCCUACAAUUCCUAGAGUAAUAAACUUUCAAAUACAAAACUAACUUUCAACACCUAAAAGUGUGAUUUAGAACCGUGCACCCUUGUCAACAUAAUAUAGCACACAGCUGUCAAAAAAAAAACCCAACAUUUAUUUAGAAACAUCAUGGUUAUAUUGUUUAUACUGGAACACGAUUGGUGUUGUCCAUUUUCCAUUCCAACA